AUGUCACAUUCCCAUACACCUUCUGCCAUUAUAUCUCAAAUGCGUCCUUCCACACCAACACUCUCUUCCUCCACUCCCACUGCAUCUUUCUCAGCUAGUCGAUGUUAUACACCUGUCACUCCUUUCACCAAUCCCCUCCACAUUUCCAUUUUAGAAAACAACUACCACUCCUUCACACGCCAGCUCCAACUAAACACGGCAAUAGAUGACAACUCCAAUCCCCUGCAGGCUACACCUCUUCACGUCGCUUGCAAGCACGGAAACCUCAAAAUAAUUAACUCUCUUUUGGAACACGGUGCCUCGCCGACCAUCAAAGACUACCAAGGCUACUCUCCCUUCCACCUUACUGUAACCUCCGGAAACACACUCGCUGCACUACUAUUCCUCCCGUACUUACCCUCCCUAGACGAUACGGAUGCCGAGAGCCACACUGCCCUAAUGUGGGCUGCCUACACACGAAACUCCACACUCCUAGCAACACUUCUUAAAUACGGCGCAAACCCAUAUCCCACAGACGACAGUGGUUUAACAACACUCCAUUGGGCACUCGUUGGAGGAAACGCUGACUGCAUACACUUGCUAUUAACACAUGCACCUUCUUUAGCGCAAAACCUAGUACUUGGUCUUGCUCCAAGCAUUCAAACCCUGACUCUGCAACCGCAUUCCCUCUACGCUUUCAAAAACGCUUCUCGCGGUACACCGUUUUAUGUUACGCACUCCAACGACUUAAACCCAUCUCUCAUCAACGUUCAUCGAUACACUACCUUUUACUACACUCUGUCCACAUACGUUGGACGAGCUAUUGAGCUUCUUCUAAGUCCCCUUUUAUGUACAACGACCAUAUUAUACUUCGCAUACUGCCCACUCAUACUUGCUAUAAUACUGGCUCCAAUUACGAUUUACUUUAUAUACACCCCGCUCACACACUUUCUAUUGCAGCACAGUUACAAAACAGCUAUAACCUUAGAAACUCCAUUCUUUGCUUCUUUUUGUUCCUAUCUUCUGUUAUUUGCACUCACUUUUCUUUUCUUAAUACUUUUACCAAAAACAUUUACACAAAAUAAACUGCUCGGAUCUCUUACGACAGCAUUCCUUCUUUUUGCAACAAUAAGCUACAUUCGAACUUGUUUACAAAGCAAAACUCAACUGCCUCUACCUGAACGAACAGCACUUAAAAACUCUAUAAAUGAGUCAUUAGACAGAAACUGUUUCGACACUACCAACUUUUGCGUUUCGUGUAACACUACAAAGUUUCCAAGAACACACCAUUGCCGGAUUUGUAAUGUCUGCGUUGAAGUUUUCGACCACCACUGCCCUUGGUCUAAUUCCUGUAUCGGAAAACGGAACCACAGAACUUUCUUCCUUUUUAUUUUUUCUCUCUCUAUCGCUAUCCCUUUGUUUAUAACGCUUUCACUCCGUUACGUCAAUCUAAUACCAACAAACGAGAAGUACGACAACACCCACUGCUUUAUUAACCUUUGGAACCUUUGUGACUACUCGAAGAAGAACGGAGUACUUGUGGCCUUUGAUGCCAUUGUGAUAAUAAACUGGUUAUGGGUUCUGGUGCUUCUUUUUAACCAGAUAUGGAGUAUAUCUUUUGGAAAAACUACUUUUGAGUUACGAAAACAACGUUUACAAUAUUCCUCCAGAAUGUCACAGGCACACUCGACCGACCGCUCUCGAUUACGCGAAUUGGCAAACCAAUGCGUUUCGCUAGUAGGACUUGAUCAACUCCAGAAUAUCCGUACAACAUUCGUUAAUGCAACAACAAAACAAACGACUUCACUACUGUCUUUUUCUGCGAUAAAAAAGAAUUGGACUGAUUUUUUGACAGGACGGUGA